GACAGCCGCCAGCCGCAGUCGCCGCCGCAGCCGCGGGAGCCAUGCAGGCAGCUCCCUGAGAACGCGCUAAAGCACCCCAAACGGUGGACGAUGCCGUGUCACUGCAACUGGGAGGGGGCAAACCAGAUUUCUUCUCCUUUUUUUUUACAUAAAAGCCAGCCAGCCAAAAAUACAUAAUUUUGCCCUCCACGGAGCCGGUGUGUAAAGAGUGAGCGCUAUUUCCCUUCUUCUCCGCCUCUCCCUCCGCCUCCUCUCCUCCCCCUCCUCGUUUUCCUCCUCCUCCUCCCUAAGUGUACAGACAGCAUCACAUCACCUGGUUUGCUUCUGAGAAACGGCAUCUCUCCUUUUCAGGGACCAGAGACUCAGAGAGAGAGAGAGAGAGAGGAGACAUUCUAAUGGAGUCGGCUUGAUACCCCAAAAUAAAAUAAUAAAUUUUGGCUCUUGUCCCCUCCUCCCACCCCACCCCCUCAACCCUGUGUGAGAUGUUAGGUUUCUUCUUCAUGAGACAUUGAGGAGUCGCAGUGGUUGGAAAGGCGUAGGGGGUAGGCUACCUCUACACCCCCUCGCCCCCCUUUUUUCUCUCUGGGAGGAGGAGGAGGAGGGGAAGGGGGCUUGCAGAGCAAGCGAUGGAUGAGGAAAACAUGACGAAAAGCGAGGAGCAGCAGCCUCUGAGUUUGCAAAAAGCCUUACAGCAGUGCGAGUUGGUCCAAAACAUGAUAGACCUGAGUAUCUCCAACCUGGAAGGGCUUAGGACCAAAUGUGCUACCUCCAACGACCUCACACAAAAAGAAAUCCGGACCCUGGAGAGCAAGCUGGUGAAGUACUUCAGCCGGCAGCUGUCCUGCAAGAAGAAGGUGGCCCUGCAGGAGCGCAACGCCGAGCUGGACGGCUUCCCCCAGCUCCGGCACUGGUUCCGCAUCGUCGACGUGCGCAAGGAAGUCCUGGAGGAAAUCACCCCAGGCCAGCUGAGCCUGGAGGACCUCUUGGAGAUGACGGAUGAGCAGGUGUGUGAAACCGUGGAGAAAUACGGAGCCAACCAGGAGGAAUGUGCCCGCCUCAAUGCCUCCCUCUCCUGCCUCCGGAACGUGCACUUGUCAGGCGGCAACCUUUCCAAACAAGACUGGACCAUCCAGUGGCCCACCACGGAGACGGGGAAGGAGAACAGCCCAGUGUGUGCCCCGGAGCCGACGCCAUGGAUCCGCACCCACCUCUCCCAGAGCCCCAGGGUGCAGUCCAAGUGUGCCCAGCUGUACUGUCACGCCAGCCCCACCCCUGGGGCCCCUGUGUAUACCCAAGUGGACAGGCUCACCGUGGACACCUACCCGGGCCUGUGCCCGCCACCGCCCCUGGAAUCAGGCCACCGUUCCCUGCCCCCGUCGCCCCGGCAGCGGCAUGCAGUCCGCACCCCGCCACGCACCCCCAAUAUCGUCACCACCGUGACCCCGCCAGGCACGCCACCCAUGAGGAGGAAGAACAAGCUGAAGCCCCCAGGGACCCCGCCGCCCUCCUCCCGGAAGCUGAUCCACUUGCUCCCGGGGUUCACGGCCCUGCAUCGGAGCAAGUCCCACGAAUUCCAGCUGGGCCACCGCGUGGAUGAGGCCCAUACACCCAAAGCCAAGAAGAAAAGCAAGCCCUUGAACCUCAAGAUCCAUAGCAGCGUGGGCAGCUGUGAGAACAUCCCAGCUCAGCAGCGCUCCCCGCUCCUGUGCGAGCGCUCCCUCCGCUCCUUCUUCGUGGGACAAGGGCCCUUCCUGCCCUCCACCCCUCCGGUCCACAGCGAGGCCAGCUUCUCCUCAAACACACUGUCAGUACCGCGCUGGUCCCCGCAGAUCUCUCGCAGAGACCUCAGCAACUCCAUCAAGCACAGGUUUUCCACCAAGUACUGGAUGUCUCAGACGUGCACAGUUUGUGGGAAAGGGAUGCUUUUUGGCCUCAAGUGUAAAAAUUGCAAGUUGAAGUGCCACAACAAAUGCACCAAAGAAGCCCCGCCCUGCCAUCUCCUCAUCAUCCACCGAGGAGAUCCAGCAAGGCUAGUCCGGACAGAGUCGGUCCCGUGUGACAUCAACAACCCUCUGCGAAAGCCACCCCGGUAUUCGGACCUGCACAUCAGUCAGACGCUCCCCAAAACCAACAAAAUCAACAAGGACCACAUCCCUGUCCCUUACCAGCCAGACUCCAGCAGCAACCCCUCGUCCACGACGUCCUCCACGCCCUCCUCGCCAGCACCCCCGCUCCCUCCCAGCGCCACUCCGCCGUCUCCCCUCCACCCUUCCCCGCAGUGCACCAGGCAGCAGAAGGCCUUCAACCUGCCAGCGUCCCACUACUACCAAUACAAGCAGCAGUUCAUCUUCCCAGAUGUGGUGCCAGUGCUGGAGACGCCGACCCGGGCACCCCAGGUCGUCCUGCAUCCAGUGACCUCGAAUCCCAUCUUGGAAGGAAAUCCAUUACUUCAAAUUGAAGUGGAGCCGACCUCAGAGAACGAAGAGGGCCAUGACGAGGCCGAGGAGUCGGAGGACGACUUCGAGGAGAUGAACCUGUCCCUCCUCUCGGCCCGGAGUUUCCCGCGCAAGGCCAGCCAGACCAGCAUCUUCCUGCAGGAGUGGGACAUCCCCUUCGAGCAGCUGGAGAUCGGCGAGCUCAUCGGGAAGGGCCGCUUCGGGCAGGUGUACCACGGCCGCUGGCACGGUGAGGUGGCCAUCCGGCUCAUCGACAUCGAGAGGGACAACGAGGAGCAGCUGAAGGCCUUCAAGCGGGAGGUGAUGGCCUACAGGCAGACGCGGCACGAGAACGUGGUGCUGUUCAUGGGCGCCUGCAUGAGCCCGCCCCACCUGGCCAUCAUCACCAGCCUCUGUAAAGGACGGACCCUCUAUUCGGUGGUGCGCGACGCCAAGAUCGUCUUGGAUGUCAAUAAAACCAGGCAGAUUGCCCAAGAAAUUGUGAAGGGCAUGGGCUACCUCCACGCCAAGGGAAUCCUGCACAAGGACCUCAAGUCCAAGAACGUCUUCUACGACAAUGGCAAAGUGGUGAUCACAGACUUUGGGCUCUUCAGCAUUUCCGGGGUGCUGCAGGCUGGCAGGCGGGAGGACAAGCUGCGCAUCCAGAACGGCUGGCUGUGCCACCUGGCGCCCGAGAUCAUCCGCCAGCUGUCCCCCGACACGGAGGAGGACAAGCUGCCCUUCUCCAAGCACUCGGACGUCUUCGCCCUCGGAACAAUCUGGUAUGAACUUCACGCCAGGGAGUGGCCUUUCAAGACCCAGCCAGCAGAGGCAAUCAUCUGGCAAAUGGGCACAGGCAUGAAACCCAACCUCAGCCAGAUCGGCGUGGGAAAAGAGAUCUCGGACAUCCUUCUCUUCUGCUGGGCCUUUGAACAGGAGGAGAGACCCACCUUCACCAAGCUCAUGGACAUGCUGGAGAAACUGCCAAAACGAAACCGCCGCCUGUCUCACCCCGGGCAUUUCUGGAAGUCGGCAGAGUAG